AUGAAACAGCUCGAAGGGAGUAACGACUCGCUGCAUGAGGCUGAAGCCGAAAUCGCGGCCCUCAAGGAGAAAAUCGGCUUGCUUGAAAUUUCGAUCCGGAGCCAGAAGAAGGAUCUCGAGGAAGUUGGGCACUGUUUUGAAGAGGCUAAAGCUGAAGCCUCAGAGAUGGGGAAAGAAGUCGAGUCUCUCAAGUCGGAGCUCGAGAUGGUCAAGGAAGAAAAAAACCAGUCUUUGAACAAUGAGAAGCUUGCAGCUGCCAGUGUCAUGACUCUACUGGAGGAUAAGAACAAGCUUAUCAACGAGCUGGGAAUUUCUAGAGAUGAGGAGGAGAAAAGCAAGAAGGCAUUGGAAAGCCUAGCCUCGGCCUUGCACGAAGUUUCUUCAGAGGCACGGGACGCCAAGGAGAAGCUUUUGUCGAUCCAAGUUGAGCAGGAAAACUAUGAAUCACAGAUAGAAGAUCUGAAGCUGGUCCUGAAGGCAACAAAUGAGAAAUACGAGAGCAUGCUGGAAGAGGCAAGACUUGAAAUUGAAGACCUGACGGGCUCCAUCCAGGAUUUGAGGCGCAAUCACGAGAGCUCGAAGGCUGAGUGGGAGCAGAAGGAGCUUCACCUGACAAAUACCGUAAAAAAGUCCGGAGAAGAGAAGUCAUCCAUGGAGAACGAGAUCAACAGGCUCAUCAAUUUACUUAGAGCGUCUGAGGAACAGGUUAGUGCAGCAAGGGAUGAGUGUGUCAGCUGGAAGAAUUCGUUGAAAGAAGCCGAGUCGGAGGCUGUGUACCUAAAAGAAGUCCUGGGUGAGGCAAAGGCCGAGAGCAUGAAACUGAAAGAGGGUUUGAUGGACAGAGAGAAUGAACUGCAGAACGUCCUUCAUGAGAAUGAGGAGCUGAUGAAAAGAGAAGCUGCUUCCUUGGAGAAGGUCAAGGAGUUAUCUAAGCAGCUUGAAGAAGCUCUUUUGGCUAACGAUAGUAAGAAAAGGCAAGAAGAGGGAAAUGGCGAACUGACGGAUAGUGAGAAGGACUACCACAUGCUUCCGGAAGUUGUGGAGUAUUCCGAGCAAAAUGGGACUAUGGGCAACGUGAAGCCCAAGGUGGUAGAGGAGGAGAAGACGCUAGCUGAUGAUGAAAAAUCUAUUCACGAAGUGGAAAAUUCAAACAGCAAAAUUAAGAACGAGAAUGAAAAGGAAACUUCUGAUUCUGCAGAAGUUGAUUUCAAGAUGUGGGAAAGCUGCAAGAUUGAGGAAAAGGAUUUCUCCCCCGAGCAUGAAUCGUUCGAAGAGGACGAAAUCGAGUCCAAAGCUGAUGGGGCAGAACGCUUUGAUCAGGUGAAUAAUGGGACAAAUGAGAAUGUCGACAAUGGUGGGAACUCGCCCUCCAAGGAGCAGCAGAGUAGUAGUCAGAAGAAGAAGAAGCCUUUGCUCCGCAAGUUUGGGAAUCUACUGAAGAAGAAAGGCACGACCACUCAGAAGUAA